GUCAGUCGUGUAAUGUCAGUUUAUUUUUCGCGUCGUCAGCUGCGGCAGUAAUUGGCCAUCCGAUCCUGCAACCAGCCCGGAACACAACUAUGGCAAAGGUUCAAACCUUCCGAUUUGUUGGGCACAUCUACGCAACGUUGAUCAUUGUUGUGGCCGUUUUCGAAGCGAUUCGAUGUCUUGGCUACUUUGGAAGCGAAUAUGAAAAUAACACGGUGUUGGCGCUGAAGUCUAUAUUUGCCUUGUUUUGUCUGGCGUUCGCUAUUAUGCUGAUGAUCGGCAUAGAAAAGGAAAAAAUUGAAUACAUAAUCGUGUACAGGAUUUUCGUGAUAUUCCGCAGCAUAUGUGGGUUGGUCUAUAUGUUCAUCAACUCGUUGAUUGUGAUCGUUGACCAUGCGAACACCGCAUCCACUGGAAAAGCAGUCGUUGGGGUAUUGCUGCUAAUUGUAGCCAUUGCGAUAUGCGUUGGUGUAUUUGCCUUCGAACUGUGGAUAUUGGAAGGAAUAAAGCGUCACGUAGAACAGCCAACUGAAGUUGUAAAGAUUCCCUCAGUUACACCUGUGUAAAAACAUGAUUGGUCAAAAAUAUGUUUGAUGAUUCCUUUGACGAUCAAAGAUUCGAAUCCAAAACAAUCGAGCUGAUGGAAGACAUUUUCCGAAAAAAUAAAAAGCCAAUAUUCGUACAUGCAUGCUCUGUUCAUUUAAGAGCCCCCGCAGACUGCAGAUUUUUUAAUUGCCCGAUAGUUUGGUCGGAUUGAGGUUGGAACUCAUCAAUAUAUACUAAACAAGGAUUUUGAAGACUGUGGGAGGUGAAAAUGAAACACAGGAUAAGCUUCAGCGAUAGCGAUACUGCUAUGCCGGAAAAACUGCACCCUUUAUGAAAGCUGACGUCAGAUUGCAAUUUAUGCUAGAACAGCUAUCGGAGGUGACUCGUCCCCAGUAGAAGUAUCUUCGGGUAUAGGAGUCCGUUUAAGGGACUUACUACACCCUGGUUGAGCAAACGAGGGGGGUCCGAAAUGUCCAUGUCUAGAACCCCACCCUCCUUCAUUCUUAGAACGAACGACUUUGACUAAUUCAAUUAUCAUUAUCUAACUGUUUAAAAAAAAUUAUAUCUGUAUUUGUUCUUCCGAUAUAGAGUAAUGCGGGGCAAAAGUGCGCACCUAAAUGUAACUCUUGAAAUAAAAGCAAAUAAAAUUCCGUUUGCUUACCAAAUUGUAACUAUAUAUAUUACCUUCGAAACGUAGUACAAGCAUUUCUUGAGUUGUGUUUGUGAUUGAACACAUACCUAUUGUGAGACAAAAAGAAAAAUGCGCACCUUUGCCCCAUAAUAAACUAGGUGACCCGGGCAACUUCGUCCCACCCUCAAUUGAUAUAUUGAUAUAAAUCAUUUCGAACACUGAAGUUCCCGCAGAGAUUAUUUUUAUGUACGUAAUCUAUACUCGCGGUAUAUAAUUCCUUUUUUGACAUUUGAACCUGAUGCAGACUAAGAUGCAUCAAUCCUGAUACUGACUGUUGACAUCCGUUGCUCCGUUAUUGAGUUAAAUCGUGAGGAAUGGACACCAAAUCAUUUUUAUUUAUAUAGAUCAAGUGUAUGAAUACGUAGUUACCUUCACUUGAUUUUUUUGAAACCCAUUGUUGAAAAAAAACAUAUAUAUAUUUGAAGUUCAUUGUGAAAAUAUAAACAUGAACGAAACAUAACCGUUAUUGAAUAGAAUACAUGGUGAAAAUAAAAACAUUUUUCAUUUGAAAUCCAUUUUAAAUUAUUUUUAAGCAAUUGUUUAUUUUCAUUCCUCAUCUUAGAUUUCGAUUCUGAGGAUUCCGACGCUUUGCCUUGGAGCGCUUUUGCUUCGUUACGCUGUUGUGGGGUUCGGAGAGACAGACGAUGAUUCCUCAUGAAGCUAG